CUUAAACAUUUAAAAGCGCUACAAUAAAUUACUUCACUGUUAAAACAUUUAAAAACACACAAAGGCAGACCAGUGUCCCUAGGAAGUUGCAGAAGUUGCAAGCUGUGCUCCGUGAAACCAUGGCCACUCGUCUGUUUGAGGACAGGGCUCACGCUGCUAUUUAUCAAAAAUACAGGUUUUCCCCGCAGCAGAACCUACAGGGCGUGAUCUUCUCGUACCUGGAAGAAAAGAGAGUGAGCCCUGGGCAGCUGGCAGUCGACGUGGGUUGUGGCUCGGGCCAAAGCACUCGGAUGCUGGCAAAACAUUUUGAGAAGGUGGUCGGGACAGACAUCAGUGAAGCUCAGAUCGAGGAGGCCAGGAGAGCUCCACAACCGCCCAAUGUCUCUUAUCUGGUGUGCCCUGCCGAAGACCUCCCUUUCGAAGAUGGCUCUGUGGACCUGGUCACGGCUUUUGCGGCCGUCCACUGGUUUGACGGGCCUCGCUUUCUGAGGGAAGUGGACCGAGUUCUCAAGCCGUCAGGCUGUGUGGUCUUCAGCUCCUACAACCGGCACAUGCAGUUGUGUUACAAAGAUUGUACAGACGAGUUAACAGAGAUCUUCAGAGAGAUCCAAGACCAGCUUCUCACCUUGAAAAAUGCAAGGAUCAAAUCACUUGAGAAUGAUUACCAAGAAAUCUUUGAUUCUUUGCCCUUUCAGGAGAAGAAGAGGAUGACGGAUAUUUUCGAUAAAAUUCCCCUGAGCGUUGCUGACGUAAUAGGAUAUAUCCAGUCACUCUCGCCGUACCGACGUUAUCUGGAAGCCCAGCCUGAGGAGGCGAAAUCACUUCUCCAAAACACAGAGCGAAGGUUUCUGGAGACAAUGGGCGUUUCUUCUCGGGAUACCCAGCUGGAGUUGCGCACGAAGCAUAUUUGCAUCUUGGGCUGCAAGAGCUCCUGAGAGGAAUGUCUGUCUGAAUGCACUAAUGGACUCCAGCUCUAUCAGUCGUGAAGACAGCAGGUUGUGAUUCCAGGGUUCCAUUGAUUUCAAGGAGAGUGGGAACGAGAUGCUAUCAAAGGGCCAGGAGCCUUCUGAAGUCACCUCUUCCCUGCAGCAGUGAUUGGUUUGUCUCCUUGGACCUUGUUCCAGAAGCUCUCUGCAAACGAUCCGUUUAGCCCACUGAUAAGAGCUGGCAAGCUGUUGGGUGAGGAGGAAGAGAAAAGGGUCUCAGGGAGACUCACCCUGCCACCCACGUGUUGAGGCAGAAAACAAGAGAGCUGGGUGUCGGAACAGCGUUAGAACUCAGUCCUGAGUUCAAAUCCCCAUUCAUCUAUUGAAGGUUACUGGGUGGCUACCUCUGAAACUGGAGAUCGGUGUCAUCUUUUACCUGCUCCUCUCAUGUAGAAUCAUGUGCAUUGAAGUUUAUCGUGUUAAGAAUCUUUUCCUUUGGUAUCAUAAUAAAACAGAACUGAGUUGAA